AUGGCCACAUUGAACACCAUCUACUCCUUGUUUCGUAAGGAUCAGGUGUUUGCGCCUGAAGAUGGUGAGGCAUACCGCGAGUCAAUCCGUCGAUGGGCAGAGAAUGCAGAACGAAAUGCGCAGUUCGUUGUCUUUGUCGAGUCUGCCGCCGACGUCUCCAAAGCCAUAACGUUCGCGACGAAGCAUAACCUCGACAUCGCCAUCAAAGGCGGAGGCCAUUCCUGCUCGGGCGCAUCUUCCUCAGAAGGCCUCGUGAUCGACAUGGGCCGCCUCAACUCCGUGCGCGUCGACGAAGCCCAGAAGCGCGUGAUUGUCGGCGGCGGCGCGCUCUGGGCCGACGUCGACGUCGAGUCCGCGAAGUACGGCCUCGCGGCCGUGGCCGGCACGGUGAACCACACCGGGGUCGGAGGAUUCACGCUCGGAGGCGGAUACGGAUGGCUGACGCCCAAGUACGGUCUCGCGAUCGAUAACCUGGUCGAGGCGGAGGUCGUCCUCGCCGACGGAUCCAUCGUCAGCUGCAGUGAGGAGAAGGAACCGGACUUGUUCUGGGCGAUCCGCGGAGCGGGCAGCAACUUUGGCGCCGUGACGUCCUUCACCUUCAGAGCGCAUCCGCAAAAGAGCACCGUCUGGGCCGGUCUGAUCAUCUACCCGCCUACCGCGCUAGCUGCGGUGUGGAAAGCUGCGGAGACGUGGGUCAAGACCGCCGGUGAGGACUCCAGUCUGCAUCUGUUCAUGGCUUGCCCGCCUCCAGCGCAUAAGCCUACCGUUGUCGCAGUCCCCUUCUUCAACGGUAGUGCUGAGGAAGGCAAGAAGAAGUUCGGCGCUUUCUACGACAUCGAGAUAGUAAAGGACUUGACCCGGGAGAUGCCCUACUCGGAGGUCAAUGGGGCACAGAACAUGUUGGCGACGCACGGGGACCGCAAAGCGUUCAAGAGCACCGUUAUGACGUCCUUCGAUCCAGCGCGUUACCAGGAAGUCUUCAACAAGUAUUCCCAAAUCGUGACCGCUCAUCCGGAGGCUCACGAUACCGUGAUUAUGUACGAGUUACAUCCGUUUGAAAAGGUCGCUGCUGUCCCCAACACCGCGACCUCCUUCGCCAACCGAGGCGAAUGGUACAACAUCAACUUUGCGGCGCGUUGGAAAUCGCCGGAGCUCGACGAUACGAUGCGCGCCUGGGCUGGGGAGCAGGUCAAAUACCUUCGAUCCCGAUCGGAGAAUGAUACGCACGCCAAGCUCGCCGGCACCCGUGCCUACGCAAACUACGGUCUUGGCGACGAGAAAGUGCGAGAUAUCUUCGGUGACAACUACGAUCGUCUUGCCGAAUUGAAAGUCAAGUAUGAUCCGGACAACGUGUUCCACAAAUGGUACCCUGUGGCAUCGCAAUCAUGA